AUGCCGAGUCCCUCGACGAACAGUUGUGAGAAAGAAACAAAAAAGAAGAUUGAGGAUGCAUACAAUCUUGCCAAGGACUUGUGGAGCGAAGGUAACGGUGUAAAGGCCUUGGAGAUAACUGAUAAAACGAUAUCAGAUCAUGGGAAGAAGGAAUGCUGCAAUGUUCACCACGAACUGCAAGGUCAUAUCUUGUAUCAGCUAGCAGAAGAAACAGAGAUCACCAACGACAUCAGACGCCUAUACUUGUUUGCCUCUCUCGAUGCUUUUUCAAUGUCUCAAGGACAGUCUACGGACGAGAUGAUGAAAAAACUUGACGACGACUUGAUACAUGUUGUUUCAACAGAAGAUGAGAGUGUGACUAGUGUUGUUGUUGCUGAUACACGUACUAGUACUUGUUUUAAUCGAUUGAAGAACAUUUGGGAUAAGCUGGAUGACAAGACAAAAAGUGAUUUUUUGGUGGUAGAAUUUGAACAACUCUUAGGCUAUAUACAGGAUAAGCAUGGGAUGGAAGUUAAAGAACAUUUUCAGAAAUGUGUACCGGCCACCAUGGCUAUGGCUAAUCAGAGAUGCUGGAUGUGCCUCGUUUGUUCUCAGGUAAACUACAGUUUUACAGAUUGCAAGAUGCACAUCUUAGAUAGCCAUGUGCAGAGAUAUGAACCCGGUGAUUUCAGUGCUCGCCCUAAGUAUGUGGAUGGGGUUUUAGCUGACAUGAUUUCUUAUGGGGACUGGAAGCCUCUGGAUGCAGCAACGGCAACAAAUCUGAUUAUGGAUAGAAUCAAACGCGGGGAAGUGUUUGUUUAUGUUAAUGGAUGGUGUAGCGAUUGGCCUGUGGCUGAGGAUGAAGAGCGGGAAAACACACUCAAACAGUUUGCUGAGCUUCUUAAAUCCUCUUGCCACAAGGACAACCCUACUCUUUCAUGUACCCUUUGGGAGUGGUUGAUAGAUUACACAGAAGAGCAUCUGGACCUACCUGGAGUCCCUGGAUGCUAUCUUGAUAUGUGUAGCUUUUAUGAGAACCCUCAGUGCAUCUGUUUCUUAGAUCGUAAGCACCUUGAACACAUCCUCAAGUAUUUUAGACAGCUCACAACUGAUGUUCGCGCAAGUUUGGUUUCAAAAGUAGUUAAUAAGCUUUGGGGAAAUUCACAGGUCAAGGAAAGCAUCGAUCUUGAAUUGGAUAAGAUAGGGACGGGUGAUAGGAUGGUCUCUUGGAUUCUUGACUGCCAAGAAAUUGAUCCUGAAUUUGUGUCUCAAAUGGCAAAGGGCUUACACAAUCGUGAGAUAUUAUGGUUUGCAGUUUUGAGUAUAGUACGGUGCAUGGAUAGGAAAAAGGAAAGCUACUAUGUUAAGAGACAUAAGAUGCUAACUUAUGAUAAGAUGUUGGGUGAGGUUGAGACCAUUUGCGGCAGAGAAGACAAGAGGAAGAAUGCUAAUCAGCGGAGCACAUAUGAGUCUGCUCUUCUGGAGGAAUGUGAGAAUCAGCUUGUAGUAAAGCAAGAUGAUGAUGAUGAUGAUGAUACAAAAUGUUUCUUCUUGACUGUUGUAAGAGAUGUUUUUGAAGGACAAAACUCUCCAAGAUUUGAAGCAUUAGAGAAUAUGGAGUGUAUACCCAAAUUCUCUACUACUCUCCCAAAUGAUGUUAUCAAAAAAAGUAUGUUGACGCUAAGAAAAUCUCUAAAGAAGGAGUUCCAUUUGAUUGACUCGAAGAUUUUGCUGAACGAAUCUAAGUACGAAAAGCUAAUAGACGUAUUCCCAAAGCUAUCGGAGGUAGAGUAUCGCUUGGUGGUCGUUCCGUUUGUGAAGAAGUUCUUACAGGAUAAACUGAAGAAAAUGUUGAAAGAAAACAGAAAUUUAGUUGAUGCAGGAGAUUCAGAUGAACGAGAACAUAAGAAGAGACAUCUUCCAUAAAAGGAAUC